AUGCGACCACUCCGCCUGAUAGUGUCGCUCUCCACGAGCCUUGCGGCCUUCACCAUCGUCCUGUACAUGAUUUUGGGGAGUUCUGUAGAUGCUGACCAGGGGAGUAUAUCAUCCACUUCAAGUCCCGGUCGCUUCAAAGCCCUGUUCUCGUUUGCUUCACCAGGCUCGCUAUUUCCGCCGUCUGCCAUUAUUAGCCUGACCGACGAUAACUCGACUUUCUUCCUCGCUCGGCCCGCCGCAUUCGGUCCUUUGCUGCCCAAAGAAGGCUUGAGCGGCCCUCUGUGGGUUGGCAGUGGCUUCGACGAUGAUACCAUAGGUGCUGAGGGCGAGUUGGGCUGCAGCGAUGUGCCUGGCUGGCACGACGACGGCGAUGAUUUUGUUACCACCCCGCAAACGACCGCAAACACCAGAAACAAACUCAGGAAUACCAUGUUGGGCAAGGAUGUUACCCCGAAGGAUAAAGUUUUUGAGAGCGGACGCGAUUCAUCUGAUGACGUCGUGACAGAUGAUGGUACAGACGAUCAUUUGCAGCCCCAUGGCUUCAAGGCGCACGCACAGCCAGGAGGUCUUCACGCUGAUAUCCAAUCACUUCAAGAGAGCGCAGAGAUCACAGGCAAGAUUGUGCUCCUCAAGCGAGGUGGCUGUGGUUUCUUGGCCAAAGUGCAGUGGGCACAGUCGCGUGGUGGGAUAGCUGUCAUUGUGGGUGAUGAUGUUCGCGGCGGCGCGCUCGUGAGGAUGUACGCCAAAGGAGAUACCUCCAACAUCACUAUCCCGUCUCUCUUCACGUCGCAUACGACCGCCCAUCUUUUAUCUUCUUUGAUGCCGAACGAACGUGUACUCACGGAUGCUGCUCAAAAUUCCCCAGAUUAUAUCCAGAAGGCCGCCAAGGAGUCAGGGCCCGCAGCUGAUGAUAAAGAGUACAACCAUAAGACCACAAAAGGAACAGCUACCACGUCCCAAACGGGUUGGUUACACUCGUUCAUGGCUUUGUUUAGGGUUGGUUUCAGUGAAAACGCACCCAAGGCCGGGAGCCGACGACCACCGACUAGUGGCAAUCUUGAAUGGCUGGAGAUGGACAGUUUGAACAACGACGACAAGCCUAUAGAGACGAAGGCUACAGUUCCUUUUUCGAUGCCUAAAAAGGCUUCAGGCGGUGUUGUUACUGGCGAGCAAGAUUGGCGUGUUCCUAAUAUUCUUCAGACAUCUGCCAACGGAGGUCAGAAAGCAACGGCCACAACAUCUAUGGCAGCCAUGUCAAAUGGAAACGAGUUACCUACAAAUAACGGGUACAUCAACACACAAGCGCAACACAAAGGACUUUGGGUUACGCUUACUCCGACAAAUGUCUCCAGUAGCCCUUUCUUCGACACUCUUCUUGUGCUUGUUGUUAGCCCAUUAGUUACUUUGACCGUUGUAUAUGUAUUGCUUCUCCUGCGAUCUCGCAUACGACGCCGUCGGUGGCGAGCGCCCAAAUCUGUCGUUGAGCGUCUUCCUGUCAGGACUUAUCAGACCAUUAGCGAUUCUCCUUCUUCCUCUGCCGCAAGCCUGCCUGCAGAUUCUCCAACCACACCUCUACUUCAACCACUGCCCUCUAGAUCUAGGUCUCUCGACUCUCGUUCGCGUUCUUCAUCGGAUUCUGAUGUCCCGGGCGCUUCGUCGUCCGUGCAGCAUGGUCCCCGUGGUCGCGAACAAAAGAAACGCGAGUCAGGACUAGCGGCCUGGAGACGACGCUAUGGCGGGCGCCAGAAAGAAUGUGUCGUUUGUCUAGAAGAGUAUGUUGAUGGCGUCAGCCAAGUCAUGAGUUUACCGUGUGGCCACGAGUUUCACGCGGAUUGCAUUACUCCUUGGCUCGUCACUCGUCGGAGGACAUGCCCUAUUUGCAAAGGCGACGUCGUACGUUCGUUGAGUUGGCGCCAUGACCAACUGCAGUCAGCGUCACCAACACGCUCAUCCCAGCCUCCUACUGGCGGUGAAGAUGUGCAGACGCAAGCAGCUGAGAGUCAUGACAUGUCCCCUUCAGCUUCGCGACCCGUACCGACGCCCGGAUCAGCACAGACUAGCCCCCGACCAACUGACGACGUAGAGGCAGGUUGGACGAGGGAUGACUCGUAUCGAAGUCCUGUCUCUUCACUGAGAGAGCUAGCUUCGUCUGUUUCUACCGUAGUAUGGCGUGGAUUCGACGCUGUUCGGAACACUACUGGUUUUCAACGAUCUCCACCCGAAGAAGUUGAUCGUAAUCGGUAA